CGCUUCGGGGCAGGCACCAAACGCAUCUGCGGCCACGACACCCCUCUCUACCCUCACAUCCUACCUGCGCCACAUGCUGCCAUGGAUGCACAUCCCCCAGCGGCCAUCUACCGCGGCCGGAUACAAUCCCUAAAUGCCCUGCUAGCUGAGCAUCGUACCUUGGAAAAACUCCGACGGAAUCUCCUUCGGGAGUGUCCGUCGUACCGACACCAGGUGACAGUUGUCCCUCCGCCCGACCCGACGGCCGGCAGCGUUCACAUCCCCAUGUCGCAUGUCACCUGGCGCGCGGCCAGUGGGGUUCUCUCGGAGAUCCGCUCUCUUUGCGAGGACCGGCAGGCGGCGGUUCGCCAGAACAUGCCGGCCACCGUGCUGGAUCAGAUUGAUGAUGACAUUGUUGAGCUGGUCACCGCCAUCAGCUUUGUAUACUCGCCACGCGGCACACCGGCUCCCUCGUUGCUGCGCAAGAUCCAUCGAUUGCGACGGUCGAUGCUGGACACCCUCCGGGCGAUGGCCUUCGCUCUUCGGGAAAACGACCUUCCCCCAGUGGCCCGACAUGCGAUGGGCCUGCGCUUUGACUGCGUUCCUGACCUGGAACCCACCCCCGCCGAGGGGGGGGAGGAGUGAAUGGAAAAAACCGCGAAGCACCGAUGUACCAAAAAAUAAAAAAUGCUCAUGUAAGGCCGC